CUGGGUGUUUAGUGAAAUGGGUUGAUGGCCCUUUAAGAGGCGGUAGGGAGCUCCCAGUUGCCAUGGAGACAUCUGGAUACAAAGCGGGUAGCAGCAGGCAGCAUGUCCUCUAAAGUUCAAUCCAAAGGCUCCAAAGCCAAGGACCACCAACCCUCAACCCAGGAGAAUCUGCCACCCCCAGAGGCCAAUGCUGAGGCCAUCCACUUCCUCAACUCCCUCCGGCAGGAAGAGCUGCUGCUGCUGUUCUUCUCGGAGACUCUGGUCAUGGUCUCGGACACAGGGGAGCCUCAGGGAGAGCUGACCAUUGAGGUGCAGAGAGGGAAAUACAAAGACCAAUCUGGUGUCAUAACGUACUUCCCCUUCGUGCAUGCCUCCAGCCGAGGCUUCGUGGACAAAACACUCUGCGGAAGCUCCCUUCUGGCCUAUCUCUCGUGGAAACUGGAGGUUGUGGAACAACAGAGUCAGGAGUUCAUCAAGGUACCUCCUGGGCCCCCAGCCUUGACCACAGAUGGAAGGUUUUCUAUCCACAUCUCUCCUCGGUUUUCUCUUUAUGGAGGACGGACAAGGUGGCCUCCGGGGGAUCUCACUCAUAUACAGUCGGAAGUGAAGACCGAAGUGACUUUCUUCCCCAGGCCCUCCAUUGAGGGCUUCGUCUCCCAGGCCGCUAACCUGGUGUUGCUGAGGGUGAUGGCCUGGCGGCAUACGGUGCCCAGCAACGCCCGUUUCCUGGCCUUGGACACUGAAGGCAAACUCUGCUGUUCUACUUACCAAGCCCUGGGCUCCCAGACAAUCCAGGUGGGCCAUCAGCAGGUGGAAGUGUUCAUUGUGGAGCAGAUGGUACACUCAGAACAAGGCAUCCCCAUGUCCUGCCAGUUCUACCUGCUCUCUGAUGGGCACCUGGCCAAGAGGAUCCAGGUGGGCUCCCCGGGGUGCUGCAUGAUCACCAAGGUGCCUGUAUUGAGGGAAGAGGAUGAUAUUGAGCCUCGCCCAGUAUUUACGAAGAAGCCCCUGGUGUGGGAGGAGGACUUGGAGCUCUACUCGCGGUUCCUGGACCGAAAGGAGGAGCUCCGUCUCAGCCACAACAGCUAUCUACGGCAGCACCCCGAGGCCCAGGCGCUCAUCUCCGACUUCCUGCUCUUCCUGCUGCUGCGCCAGCCGGUCGACGUGGUCACCUUCGCCGCCGAGUACUUCGGCCCCUUCGCCAAGAGACGCUCGCCCACCCCAGCCUUGCGCUCCUCCAACCGGCCCAGCCCUUUUCGCGAGCUGGAGCCGGAGCGAAGCGAGGCCUAGGCGGGAAGCACGGCGGGCCCGGGGCCUCCCUGGCGGGCACUGGACGGGAAGCGGGGGCGUCAGGGCUGGGCUGGGACGGGACGCGGGCGGGACGCACCCCGGAGGCACCAUUUCCUGCCUGCGGUUUCUAAUGGGAAUAAACGGGGCGCUCCCCAGCCUCUGCUGUGACCCGGA